CGGGAAUUGUAGUCUCUAAGCUCAACGGGAGCUGGGGCCCCGGAGGUGGGAGGGGGUGGCUGGACCUCCCGGGGGUCGCCUGGGGUCGAGCAGCCGGUCCGAGGAGGACGAGACGUGAGGCUCGAACUGAGCUUUUUCUCCUGGCCACGGCCCCCAGAUCCGGCUCCUCCUCCCACCACCUGGCGCGUGGGGACGGGUCCGCAGCCCCUUGUCCGCCCUACAACCCCCAUGGGCUGCCGCCAGCCGCCGCCUCGGCUGCCACCCAGAACACGGCAGGGAUAAGCGCAGCCCAUCUCUGAUGUCUGCCUCCAGACCAUGUGUGGCGAAUUCCCCUUCGCCCCACAUGCACCUCUUUCUCCCGGUCCCCUGUCUCUUAUGCCCCCACCCCCAUCCAACCUUCCUUCUGCACCCAUGUCUGUCUGCCCAGCCCUCCUUUGUAUCCUCGCCCAUCUGUGAUCUCUGGCCAUCGCCUGUCAGUCUGUCCUUUAUUCCUGCACCCCAUCCGUUCUGCCAACCACUGUUUCUCUUUCAAAGAUAUUUCUGUCCUGGCGCUUCUAACUGUCCCUCUGUCCGCCCAUCUCUUGCACUCCCAUAAAUUACACACUAGUCCAUUCUUUAUGGCUGGUCCAUCCCAAAUCGCAGUCCUUGACUUUCCCUGUGUCUGUGCAUCUGUCCCUCCGUUCUGGGCCCCAGUUUGCCCUUCCCAUUAUCUCUGUCUCCCUUCCCCUUCUCUCUCCCUCCCUCAACUUGGUCCCUAUCUCUGCAUCCUGCACCUCCCAUCCCACCCCAGCCGCCACCGCACACAACCAUCUCUUCUCUCUCUAACCCCAACCCUCCCUUUCUCUCGGUCUUGUCCCUUUCUACCUGGACCUGGCCUGUUUCUCGUUCCUUGAACCGGCCAGGCCCCUGCUCAUGCUGUUCCUGCUGCUCUGGAUGCUUUACCCCACGCCAGCCCCACCACCCACUGCCGGUGGCCACAGAGAACCCCCCAGCUGCCCACUUCCUAGUCCCUUUGUGAUAUUUCCUCUGUUUCUUUUAGAGCACUUCUCACGGUGUGAGCACGUCUUGUUUGUUUAUGUGGUGUUUGUUGACUUGCUUACUCCCUGUCUCCUCUCACUGGAUUGUAACACCAGGAAGUCGGGGACUGUGUGGGGCGCGUGCUCUGCUGGCUCUGCAGCAUCUGGCACAGUGCCUGGCAUGUAGUUGGUGCUCAAUGAAUAUUCGUCGAAUGCAUGAACGAAGAAUGGCUGUCCCCUCGUCUGCCCACGCCUAAAUUCUGUCCCUUUGUCUGGGCACCCCUAAUCUCUGUCUCUUUAUCUGUCCUUAAUCUCUGCCCCUUGACUGGCCUCCCUAGUCUCUUCCUCCUUGUCCAUUUGUCCCUGUUCUCUUUCCUCCUGUCCAUUCACGCUGAUCUCUGCCCCCUUGGUUGUCCAAUCCGUUACUGUCUUCUUGCCUGCACCCCGAAUUUCAGUCCUGUCUAUCGGCCCCGGAUUUCUUUCUCAUCGUCUAUCCCUCCCCAAUCCACCUCCCCUGAUCCACCUGGCCCCAAUCUCUGUCCCCUCAUCUGUCCUUCCCUUUCUCUCUUUCCCUUUUUAUCCUUUAUCCAUCCCUCUCUCAAUCUCAUCUCUCAUCUGCACCCUCGUCCGGCCCCUUCCAAGCACAGAACCCACCGGCCACCAUGUCAGGAGACUACGAGGAUGACCUCUGCCGGCGGGCACUCAUCCUGGUCUCGGACCUCUGUGCGCGGGUCCGAGAUGCCGACACCAGUGACAGGUGCCAGGAGUUCAACGACCUGCGAAUUCGAGGCUAUCCCCGGGGCCCAGAUGCAGACAUCUCCGUGAGCCUGCUGUCGGUCAUCGUGACAUUCUGUGGCAUUGUCCUUCUGGGCGUCUCCCUCUUCGUGUCCUGGAAAUUGUGCUGGGUGCCCUGGCGGGACAAGGGAGGCUCAGCGGUGGGCGGGGGCCCCCUGCGCAAAGACCUAGGCCCUGGGGUCGGGCUGGCAGGCCUGGUGGGCGGUGGCGGGCCCCACCUGGGGGCCGGCCUGGGUGGCCAUCCUCUGCUGGGGGGUCCACACCACCACGCCCACACCGCCCACCAUCCGCCCUUCGCUGAGCUGCUGGAGCCAGGCAGCCUAGGGGGCUCUGACCCCCCUGAGCCCUCGUACUUGGACAUGGACUCGUAUCCAGAGGCUGCGGCAGCUGCAGUGGCCGCUGGGGUCAAACCGAGCCAGACAUCUCCUGAACUGCCCUCUGAGGGAGGUGCGGGCUCUGGGCUGCUCCUGCUGCCCCCCAGUGGUGGGGGCCUGCCCAGUGCCCAGUCGCAUCAGCAGGUCACAAGCCUGGCACCCACCACCAGGUACCCGGCCCUACCCCGGCCCCUCACCCAGCAGACCCUGACCCCUCAACCGGACCCUGGCAGUGAGGAGCGGCCGCCUGCCCUACCCUUACCCUUGCCAGGCGGUGAGGAAAAAGCCAAACUCAUCGGGCAGAUCAAGCCUGAGCUGUACCAGGGGACUGGACCCGGUGGCCGGCGCGGUGGCGGGGCCGCGGGCUCGGGAGAGGCCGGAGGGGGGGCGCCCUGCGGCCGCAUCAGUUUUGCCCUGCGGUACCUCUAUGGCUCCGACCAGCUGGUGGUGCGGAUCCUGCAGGCCUUGGACCUCCCGGCCAAGGACUCCAAUGGCUUCUCAGACCCCUACGUCAAGAUCUACCUGCUGCCGGACCGCAAGAAAAAGUUCCAGACCAAGGUGCACAGGAAGACUCUGAACCCUGUAUUCAAUGAGACAUUCCAGUUCUCGGUGCCCCUGGCCGAGCUGGCCCAGCGCAAACUGCACUUCAGCGUCUAUGACUUCGACCGCUUCUCACGGCACGACCUGAUCGGCCAAGUGGUGCUGGACAACCUCCUGGAACUGGCUGAGCAGCCCCCCGACCGCCCACUAUGGAGGGACAUCGUGGAGGGCGGCUCGGAAAAGGCAGAUCUCGGGGAGCUCAACUUCUCACUCUGCUACCUCCCCACCGCCGGGCGCCUCACCGUGACCAUCAUCAAAGCCUCUAACCUCAAAGCGAUGGACCUCACUGGCUUCUCAGACCCCUACGUGAAGGCCUCUCUGAUCAGCGAGGGGCGGCGUCUGAAGAAGCGGAAAACCUCUAUCAAGAAAAACACGCUGAACCCCACGUACAACGAGGCGCUCGUGUUCGAUGUGGCCCCGGAGAGCGUGGAGAGCGUGGGGCUCAGCAUCGCGGUGGUAGACUAUGAUUGCAUCGGGCACAACGAGGUGAUCGGUGUGUGCCGCGUGGGCCCGGACGCCGCCGACCCCCACGGCCGCGAGCACUGGGCGGAGAUGCUGGCCAACCCCCGCAAGCCCGUGGAACACUGGCACCAGCUGGUGGAGGAAAAGACUUUGUCCAGCUUCACAAAAGGCAGCAAAGGAUUGUCAGAGAAAGAGAACUCAGAGUGAGGGGUCUGGCCUAGGCCCAGGAUCGGACCAGGCCCCCUCAGGACCCCAUCCCUUCCUGCCCGGACUGUGAAUUCAUCUCCUCGAAGCCAUAACGUCCGAGCUGCGUGGUGCGGGGCCGCCUGGGCCCACCCAUCCUUCUACCCCGCGAGGCGCGAGGGUGGGAGGCAGGCGGGCCCAGCUCCCUGUUUCAGGGUUGGGGGGGGGGCAUUCAGUCUCCACUGUGUCUGUCUUCCCUUCCCCAGGGCUCCUCUUCCAGGCAAGGGGCCAUGCAUGUCUGGGGGACCCCAGCCCCCCAAACCCUUCGUCUUUCUGUCUGUCUCUUUGCUGUUUGUCCAAGACUUGGCGUCCUGACCCUUGUUCUUGCUGUGAAUGUCAACAGACCGAUCCUCCGUAUUCCCCCAGACACACACACACACCUGUGUCUACCCUUUCUGUUCAACACACCCUGCGUCUGGCCGAUCCCCCCACUGCUGCUGCUACCAACACCGGAAUAAACACACACCGUGGGUCUCACUCCA